AGACUCCCCACCAUGUCCCGCCCCCACCAACGCAAAGCUGCAAGAGAACGGCAUUAACGUCGGCAACUGCUUUCUUAUUACUAGAAGCGAUGGCCCCGCGAUGAGAAGGCUGUACCUGUUCCAAACCUCGUCGCGAUCGCAGCAACAGAAAUUGGGAACCCUGUCGUGAACCGUGUGGAGGCCGUCCCGCAUCUUCCAACAACAGAAUGGCAAACGUUGUCCGCGUACAGCUGCCUUCAUAUGGCACGGUAGUAGGAACCUCAAAAGGCGAGGUGGAGCAUUUUCUGGGCAUUCCAUAUGCUUCAGUAACAGAGAGAUGGACCAAACCAGGAAAAGCAGGCCCGUUUCCGGGAGGAGAACACGAUGGAACCCACUACGGCCCGAUCUGCCCUCAGCCGAAGACGCCGAUGUCAAUGACACAAGUAGCGGUGCCUAGCCAUCCACCAGACCCAGACCUCCCCGAGGACGAGUUUGCCUGCCUCAAUCUGAAUAUUAUACGGCCAAGCAAUACCCAGGGCGAGCUUCCUGUCAUGGUUUGGAUACAUGGGGGGGCCUAUACUGUCGGGAAGAACAGCGAGCUGGUCUAUGAAGGGACUGAGUUUGUGUCCCGGUCCAAGAAGAUCAAUCAACCGGUGAUCUAUAUUGCGAUAAAUUAUCGAUUAGGAUUCUUUGGCUUCCUUGCCUCACAAGAGCUGCUUGAGGAUGCGAACAACGAAAGCGCAGGGAACUAUGGCUUGUGGGAUCAGGCCGCAGCAUUGGAAUUUAUCCGAGAAACCGUUGGAGCUUUUGGUGGUGACCCCGAUAGAAUUACGCUUUUCGGCGAAAGUGCAGGCUCUGCUUCGGUACACAACCAUCUACUUCACGGGAAGGCACUCUUCGACAGAGCGAUAUGUCAAUCUGGUGUUGCCAAUACAAUGGGGCCUCUCCCCUUGAAUUCUCACCUCCAUCAAGGGGCCUAUGAUGCUCUCAAAAAACAACUGAAAGUGAAGGAUCUUAAAGAACUCCGAUCUGUCCCUCCUGCAGAACUAGUCGAUGCAGCGAAGGAGCUAUAUCCAGGACUUCCAGUCUCAUUAUCGUUGGAUGACUCAGAUUUGGCUGGUGGUUUUUAUCCUUCAAAAACGAAAUUCAAUUCAGUCCCGAAGUUCUGUAAAGCAUUAAUGAUUGGAUAUUGUACCAAUGAGGGAAUCAUCAUGGCCCAAGCGCUAGCAACACUAGGGAGCGAGAGGCUAGGAAAAUACCUCAAGACAUCUGGAAUAAGCGCGGAGACCCUGAAAUCUUACGGUCUUGAUGAUGUUGAAUCCAAAGACUUCAAUAGCCUUAUCCCCGCUCUGAUUGAAUUUCAAACCGACUCGGGAUUCAAAGGACCCGCAGAAUCGGUCAAAGCCAACGCCUCUCCAGAUUCGCUCUUUUCUUACCGAUUGGAAAGAGAGAAUAAAUGGUCGUCGAGCCCAUUUAGCGGUGAAGCACAUCAUACCAUCGAUCUAUUGUACCUGGCCGGAAUACCUCUCCACUAUGAGACUGAAGAUCCGGUGACGGACAAACAGAUUUCCGAGAAGAUGAUUGAUGCAUGGGUAACCUUUGGCAAUGGUGGCCAACCAUGGUCUCCCUACUCUAACGACCAGGCGGAGCUCAUUAUUGGCCGUGAUGGCUCGUUCACUACCGUCACGGAAAGUGUCAAGUCUCACAAGGCCAGCUUGAACAACAUGAAGAAAGAAAUCGAGAGGAAUCCAGAAGCUAUGGUGAGCCUGAAUGCAGCUCUAUGCAAUGGGGCAAUCAAGUUCUAAAUCUAUAUGAUCCAUCUACUCGCUGUUAUUAAAGCCAGCCAUUUGGUCUUGACGCUCACUGUUAAGUUGAUGAAGAUCUCUCCUGGACAGCUCCGAACAGGCAGGCGAGAUUGAAUACAAUCAGAUGAAAUAUAUCCUC